CGAUCCCUCCCUGUUGAAGAAGAAAAGCUUCCUCUGGGCUGGUAGCAGCUUGUUUGACAACUUCCAAGGUCUUUAAAAGUACCUGUAUUUCAUUUUCUCUUUCAAGAGUACAUCUGACAACUCACUUAAGCCAUGUCGAAAGUAGAACCAAAGGGAGAGGACUGUGUGGAUGCCAGACCAAAGAAUGACCAAGAUUCACAUCUCGCAGACAAUGGAGGAGAUCAAGCAGAUGCCAAAACACCGCCAGACUCUUAUCAAUACAACAUGAAGUUCCCAAGCUUGGGACAAUGUGUCAUCAUCAACAAUAAGAAUUUCCAUAAAAGCACAGGAAUGUCAGUUCGUAACGGGACAGACGUGGAUGCAAGUAAUGUAAUGCAGGUUUUCUCAAAUCUGGGAUUCAAAAUAAAUUUUGCCAAUGAUCAAACUGUCUCACAGAUGAGACAUUUGUUAACUAAAGUGUCUGAGGUGGACCACAGUCAUUCGGCCAUGUUUGUGUGUGUGUUGUUGAGUCAUGGAGAGGAUGGUAAGAUAUAUGGUACAGAUAAAUCUAUAGAUCUGAAAGAAUUAACUGGACUCUUCAGAGGAGACCGCUGCUCUACACUGGUGGGAAAACCCAAGCUUUUCAUCAUACAGGCUUGUCGAGGCUCAGAUCUGGACUCUGGCAUUGAGUGUGACAGUGUGAGUGACUCGGAAGGAACCCAAAGAAUUCCUGUCGAGGCAGAUUUCCUGUAUGCAUACUCCACUGCUCCAGGUUAUUACUCCUGGAGGAACUGCAGUAAUGGCUCCUGGUUCAUCUCCUCACUAUGUGAGAUGCUGAAGACAUACGCCAGGCAACUGGAGAUCAUGCAGAUCAUGACGCGUGUCAACCACAAGGUGGCGCUGGACUUCCAAUCCUCCUCCAAUCUGCCUGGAUUCAGUGGCAUGAAACAGAUACCAUGCAUUGUAUCUAUGUUGACGAAAGAACUCUAUUUGCCUAAAUGAUUCAUGUCUGUAUUAGUGAUCAAGUAGCAAUGGAUUAAGAGCACUUAUUAUAAAAUCAUGUUAUGUGACAAUUUAAUUAGUAUAAUCAAAACUAAAGAAUGAAAGUCAGUUCUUAUGGCAUGUAAUAUAAUAUGUUCUCAAAGCUGAACUUGACAGCUAUACAGAUGUUUUAUAUGUAUAUUUCUCAUUCAAGCUGUGAAUGGCGUCAUCAUUUAAGUCUUACCAGAAUAUUUUUUCUUGCAUUGUUUGCAUUCUCUUGUACACGCACAGAUGUUUUCAGGAUGACCCAAGACAAGAAAUGGGCAUGUGUCAUUUGGGUGACAUAAGAUGAACUUUGACUUUAACUGGUUAAUUGGGAUGCAUUAAAUAUUAUUUUACAAGAGGGCAGUCUUUGAUGAAGAUUUUUAUCAUGAUAAAUAAACUUUUUACUUUGUCAUUCAUGUGCUUUACUUUGCUAUUACAUUCAGUAC